AUGAUGUACUCAAUCCCUGCUUUAUAUAGUACUUCAAAUCUCUCAUUGGGAGAGAAGGCUUCUGCCAAUACUACACCCACUUCUACUUAUUCAGGGUUUAGUAGUAUUCCAAGAAGUUUACCUCCAAAUUUUACUAUGAAAAGAAAUAGAAGUUUUGUUGAAAGUCAUGGAUAUCGUGAAUCUGAUGAAGAUAAUAAUUCAUCCCAUUUUCAUUAUGAUGAUAGACAAAACUACUUUUUAACAAGUAUGGAUGUAAGAAAUCAAGCAGAUCAUGAAGAAAGUGUGGAAUCAAUAUUUUCAAGAACAGUUCAAUUAGAAGGAGAACAUGAUGAAGAUGAAGAAGUAGAGGAAGAGGAAGUUUUCAUGUUUACCAGAUCAGGCGGUAGUAUUAAAAUCAAUUCAAAUCCAAUUCAAAUUUCUUCGAGAUCAAAUUUUUCCAAUAAUAGAUCAAGCUUCAUACCAGUUCAAAAACCUCCUUUACCACCUAAUGAAAGAUCUCCAGUCUUAGAUCAACUAAUGAAACUUGAAGUUCCAAAGAGUCCUUCAACUCCUACAUUCGUCAAGCAUCCUUCUUUUCAAACUCCUGAUCAACCAAUAAACUAUCCUUCUACAUCUUCAUUACCUAUCACUAGAAAUCCAUCCAAAUUAAAGAGAAGAUUAACUAAUGGAUUAGCCAAACUUCAAUUUUGGAAACGGAAAAUUGAUUUACAAAACUCGUAUGACAAUGGUGAACUUGUUAGUAUUGAUUCUAAUGAAACCAUAUUAAACAAUGAUAAUGUCAUUACUGAUGAAGAUCAAGAUAAUAAUUUGGUGGUAAUGACUUCCAAUGAACUAUUAUUACUUCAAUUAGAUAAACAGUUAUACCCUGAAGAUCAUUUUUUGAAUAGUCCAUCCCUUAAUAAUAACAAUAAUAAUAAUGGACAAUUUGAUGUUACAGUUGAUUAUAUGGAUCAUAGUAAUGAUAAUCUUACUGGGGCAUUAUUAUAUUUCUUACAUACUGAAUUAAAGGAUAAAUCAUCACGUUUGAGUCCAACUAGUAGUACUGAAAAAGUAUUAAGAAGUCCAUUUGUUAGAAUUAAAGAUGAUGCUGUUGUUGAUGAUGAUGGUGGUGAUGAUGAUGAAAAGGAUAAUGAUUCAGAUUUGGCUAGUUAUAUUGAUGAAGAAGUGAUAGUUGCCGAAGCCAAUAAGAUAGAAGUCAUGAGUAUAAGUCCUAGUUCAAAUCAUCAACACGAUAUGUUUGUUGAUGUCAAUACCAUCUAUGAAGAAGACGAAGAUGAUGACAAUGAAUCAGAUGUUAGAGUUGAAGUUCAAUUGCAUCAUGAUGAUGGUAAGCUGUUUCAAUAA